CACAAACACAACCACACAACCACACUCUCACACACUCUCACACAAACAGGAAGCUUUGAAGGAACUCGUCCUCGGCUGCCUGGCGGGUCAGAGUCUCACCUCAGUGAAGCUGAGCCCUGUCAUGGAUCCUCGUGCCUCGUGUGUGAGAGGAUGAAACCUCAGGAGACAGGAGACUGAGGACAUGCUGGGAAGUGGCUGUUCGAUGAAAGAAAGUCAGGGCCUGUUGGACGCUGGACGUCCGGGGGACAGCAGGAGCCGGUGCAGCUCCUCACGCCGUCUCUGCUUCUGCUUCAUCCUGGUGUUUGCAGUCGGGUAUCUGUUCCUGUACAACACAAACCUGCCGGAGAGCACGACCGCCUGGAGCCCGAAGUGGCUCCAGCACUUUAAUUCAACCAAGUGGUGGACACCUUUCAAGAGUCUGACUCAGAGCAAGAAGUCUCCCAACACCACAGAUCCCAGCAGGGUCACUGGUUCUACUGGAGCUGCUGCCGGGCUCACCGCUGACAGCAGCUCCUCAGGGACUGAUCAGGUGACACAGAGCAGCUCGGCCCCCCCACUGGCUCCUUACGUGUCUCCUGGACCGUAUCUAGUGGAAUAUCCUCAUCAGUACCACUUCACCAUCAAUGAGCCGCAGACGUGCGCGGAGCAGCAGCCUUUCCUGGUUCUGAUGGUUCCUGUGGCGCCCCAGAACCGGGCCGACCGGGACAUCAUCCGCAGGACGUGGGGAGGGGACAGCCACGUCCUGGGUAAAGUGGUGAAGCUGUUCUUCCUGCUGGGGCUGAAGACUGGAGAGGGAACAGAGCAGCUCCCAGAGCAGCUGCUGCAGGAGAGAAAAGAGCACCAGGACCUGAUCCAGAGCGACUUCGUGGACUGCUACAAGAACCUGACCAUCAAGACCAUGGUGAUGCUGGAGUGGCUGGACACCUACUGCUCCAACGCCUCCUACGCCAUGAAGAUCGACUCGGACAUGUUCCUGAAUCUGCCCAAUCUCAUCCACAUGUUGAUAAACGCCUCGAGGACCAACUACCUGACCGGCCUCGUGGCGAGUGGAGCGGCCGUUCUGAGGGAUCCGAGCUCCAAGUGGUACGUUCCUGUCGAGGUCCACCCCAGUCCGCAGUACCCCCGCUACGCUCUGGGCCUCGGCUACGUGCUGUCCUUAGAUCUCCCGAGAAAGUUGGUGGAAGCAGCCAGAGACGUGCGAGCUCUGUACAUUGAAGACGUGUAUCUGGGGUUGUGUAUGCAGCACCUGGGCAUCCCCCUCACCGACCCCCCCGGCCCGGGCUACUUUUACGUGUUUCCUGUGUCGUACAAUCGCUGUGCGUUCUCCAGGCUGAUCGCCACCACCACUCACGAGAACGCUGAUCGGACCUCGAUCUGGACGGACUUUAAAAAACCAGGCCCGUUCUGCUGACGUGUGAAAAAGAAACUUAUUUGUAUAGCACCAAAUCAUAAUAUAUAUUGUCUCAGGGAUCUUUACAUAGAAAGUGGAGACUGGUUCUGGUUAACAUUUUAUUAUAGUUUGUUUUUAAUCUGCCGUCCUCUCAGGUUCACGCUGAGCAGAACAAACCUCAUCGAGCUGGUUCUGGUUCGCUGAGAGUCGGAGGUUUGGUGUGAAGGGUUAGGGUUAGGGUUAGGUUAGGGUUAGGGUUAGGGUUAGGGUUGGUGUGUUUGCUGGUAGGUGGAGUUACACUGAAGGGCUUGGUUUGACGUUUUGAAUUUCCAUCAUUGUCCAUAAAAGAGAAGUUGCUGCUUUGUGUGGAACCACAAAUCCUGAAAUGUGUCCUGAGUAGAAGGAACUAAUCCUUCACGCCUCAGGGAGAAACCUGCUCUGUGGUUUGUUUGUUUAAAACCGGACUGACCUGCUCUCGCUCCAAACAGGUUCCAACUCGUCGUCCGGUUCAAUGAGCCGGAGCAGCUUCCUGGAGAGUCGUGAGAUCAUCUCCUCUGUGAUGUCACACUGUCCUACGACAACAGGCAGUGACACAGUUUCUAUAACUUCUCCUCAAAUUUGCUGCUUUAUAUCUUUUACACAGACUUUAUAAAUAUUCUAUAAUCUCCACUGAGUCACAGGAACAGCAAAUCCACCGUCACCAACGUUCAAACUUUAUCUCAAAGUUAAUAAAAGACUUUUAAGAAGAUAGAGACUUUUAUAUUGAAGAUGUCAAUUUGCUAAAUAGUCUAGUUUGGCACGUUUUUGUUUUUCAAAAUAAAAUGCGCACUUUUCCAAUGCCACUCUGAGCUGUUAUUAAUGUGAUGAUGUGACUUACUGAAGGAUCAUUAAUGUGUAGCACUAGAACGCAUGAAUGUGAAUCAGAGAACUCAGGUUAGAGGCCUCUCUCUGUGGGGGGGGAACAGACACACUUCCCGAUGUGUGUCAGAGUGUUUGUGUUGUCGUGUAGCAGCAUGUUCGCUCGCCCUGUCUCAACUGUUGGACAGUCGGUCAAACUGUUUAUAUAUCGAUGACAUCACAUCCUGCUGUGAUGAGACUGUUCUUUAUGUUCAUGGACUCAAGCUAAUGUUAAAAUCAUGAUUCAUUAUUAGCAGCAGCCAGAGUCUACACACUAUUGUUGAAGAUAUAACUCCUGUGCAAACAGGAACCUUCUGAGUCAGUGGUUAAAACACUGAUCUCAGGUCAGUGUGGUGCUUCUCCAGUCGUACUCAGAUUCAACACAACUUUCUAAAGCAACUGUUCUCAGGCCCUUUCGGGAGUUUGAGUACUUUGUGUUGAACGUCUACUUGGUUCAGGGAUACUUUGAUGUAAACUUUAUUUUAAUAUACCUUUGUUUAAACACGUUUUACAUUUCUUCCUGUAUGUUUUAUUUUCAAAUGAUUGUCUGGAUGUGACGCACAUUAAGCUUCUUCUAAUGAAAACGGCUUUAUGAAUUAAACUCCUCAUGACUCUGCA